AUGUUCAAAAAUGAGUACCAGGGAGGUGCGUUUGUUGAAAUCUUUAGUGCUCAGGGAAAAAACCCUGGAGCAAAAUGGAAGAUCCUGGGCAGUCCAUCUGUGAUUUGGAAAGAAUUUGAUAAAGAAGUUAAAAGUUUUGUGUUUGUUUUGGAAGGCAGCAGCCAAACAAACAAAAUUCAAUUACCAAAGGAGAGUAAACAAAUCCUUGGACUGAUCCAGAGGUUUCUUGUGCUUCAGAUUUAUGUACCCCUGGGACAAGACUUCUCCACUGAAUUGCUAAUUACUGAUUUAGGAAACAUCAAAAGAAGAUUGUAUUUAUCAACGGUCCAUAAGGAACUGUCCUCAACCCCUCUUCAUGCUAAAAUCCCACUCUUUAUGAUCAAGCGUAAAAUUUGGUGCAAUCUAUGCAUUGACUUGGUAGCAUUCACCAGUGAAAUAUUCAAGGGAGCAGUUUUCCAGUCAUUGGAUGGAAUUAUUGUGUCAGCUAACUGUAAGCUACGGAAGAUCUUCACUUUAAAAGCAAAGCCUCAAGACACUGCUGAUAAAGAUGCUGUAUAUGGUGUUCCUUUUCCAACAGAUGAACCUACAGACGUUAUUCCGCGAAGCUGCCAACUAACAACAGAUGUUCCACAAGUCACACAGCUGCUAAAUAUGACCAAGCUGCGCCAAACUGACAUAAAAUUUGGAGGUCAUCCCCUGUGUUCAGCAGAAUCAGAUCAAUUCAUUAACCAAGGAGCAGGCAGUGUGCGGAACAAUAAAAAUCAAGAUGUUUGUCAUAUUGCUUUUGGAUCCAAAGUUCUUGGACCACCUCCACUAUCUGGCAGAAGGAAUAACAUGAGGAUAUCCAGUGAGACAAUGAGAUCCAUUGGGUCCAAAAAUAACAGAUCCUGCCUGCAGUCAACUAUAGAGAAGUGUGUUAGCAGUGUCGACGUGUCUACUUUACUAAUAUCUGAGUCUGAGGAUCAAGGAGAUAAAGAAAACAUUCGCCAAAUAAAACAGAUUUUACCUACUCAUGCCAGUCUACAUAUUUUGCAUCCGCAUCCCCCUCAAGAACCAUCGGCAGAUAAGAAUAACAGAAGAAGAUUGAGGCUAAAAAGCACCAGCAGGGAAAGGACAGAGACACCCAGUGGUGGUCCUUCAGGAAAUAGCAAGAAUGAAGAUAAAGCAACAACUAUGUCCCAACAAAGAGAAGAGACAUUGAACCCCAGCACUCCAGGGCCCCAGUCUCCUGAUCCAGCAGAUGAGUGGAUAUUUCCUGACAAUUAUGAUCACAUUCCCAAUUUGGAAUCUAGCAGACAGUCUUUACUUCUGGAUGAUGUCUCUUGCAACACUUCAUACCUGUGGGGAGAAGUCAGCAAGGAAAGUGAACACAGCCAUCAAGCAGAGGAAACCCACAUUGUUCCACAGAACGUUUUCACUUUUUCAUCCAGACCACGGUCAGCACCUCAUGGAAAGACUCAGAGUAUGUCUCCAGAGGAAUGCCCAUUUAUUUUGGAUCUAAAAGAGGACAACAGUGGAACAAGUAGAGGUGCCCAAUUGGAGGAUGAUUUUUGCAGUGAUGACGGCAGCGAAGAGGAGUAUGACUGUAGAAACUAUCAGCCCAGUCAGAUGAGUGAAUCCGAGUUGCUGAUGCUGGCAAGUCUACGACGGCAGCAGAAUGAAGAACUGGAAGAGACUGGGGCUUCCCAUGGCCUGAGUGCAUCCCAGGUUGACAACUGUAACGUCAGCAUAAGCACCAGCAGUGAUGACACAACCACCUGGAACUCCUGUCUGCCACCUCCUGUCAACCAAGGUCAUCACUAUCAGAAAGAAAUGGAUCCAUCUUCUCCUUCUAACCCCCGGGACUGGUUAAAUAUGUUCAGCCCGCCAAUUGUUCCUCCUAGUCAACAGCCAGCUGAGCAGCAUCCAGAUUCUUCAGGAAGUUUGAGUAUUCAAGGUGAAGAAGACCCGAGUGUGGAAGAGGACGAGGAAGUGCUGACUCUGUUGUAUGACCCAUGUCUGAACUGUUACUUUGAUCCCCAGACUGGGAAAUACUACGAGUUGGUUUGA